AUGAUUUGGAGCAAAGCUUAUUUGACAAAAAACUAUAUCAAACUACUAGUUCCAAUUGGUGUUAUUCUAGUACUUGCUUAUUUGAAUUAUGCCAUCAAUUAUGCAGUUGGAUAUAAGUUAGUAUAUUUACAUCAUUCACAUGCGGCUGCAAUUGUACUUUGGGUAUUGUUGGGCUUUUUUCAAUUAGAAUUAUUUGUUUACUGGGGGUUAAUAUUCGUUGUUGGACCAGGAAAAUCACCUGUAUUCCCACCCAUCGACCUUUACAGUGAGAAUAAUCCAAAUUUGAUUCCCUUGCCCGAUUUAUUUUUCUGUGAUGAAAAAGGUUUCCCGUAUUACUGCUCGAAUUCAAACUCCAUAAAACUAGAAAGAAGCUUUUUCUCGAAAGAUGUUGGAUACAAUGUAGUCAAGUUUGAUCAUUACUGUAUAUGGAUUGGACAACCUAUUGGACAGGAUAAUUAUUUAUUUUUCAUGAAAUUUACUAUGAGUUUUCUUUCAUUUUUUAUAAUUGUUCUAGUAUACAGUGCAAGGUUUACCAGAGAUUCUAUUGAACAGGGUGAGAUUGAUCAUAAUUUGAUUGUGUUGUAUAUUAUGAGUGGGUUUUGGAUUAUUAUGAUUGGAUGUUUAUUUGGUAUUCAUUUGCGGUACGUUAGUAUAAAUAUGACAACUUUGGAUGAAAUUACAAUAAACCAGAGAAAACGAUAUAACCGAUGGAAAGAUGCUAAAAAGAACCCCAAUAUGCCAACUUGGAUGAAACCAAAAAAUACACCUAGAAAAGAAACAGGAAGAAGAUAUGUUAAUGUCAAACACAAAAAUGGCAGAGCUAUAGUUAAGUAUCAUAUUGAAGAAAGACCCUUUGAUAUGGGGUUCAGAAGGAAUUGGAUUAAUUUGGUUUUCAACGGCAAUAGAAAUCAUGGGAGAGACGACGAGUUUUACACUUUGUGGAGAUUAAUUUCUGCUCUCGUUGUAUUUAUAAUUCCAUUUGUUGACGUACCGUUUUGUUAUAGAACCAAACUACAAGUAAAGAAUGAUGUGGAACAAAAACUUAACGAACAAGAGAACCUAUUAGCAAAAUACACAAUGUAUUCAAGCGUUGUUAAUGACAAAUUCAUAAAUAUGAUAGACCAAAAGUUGAAGGAAAAUAAUUUUUGUGCACUUGGAUAUUUGGUGGAAGCAACUCCUCAAAACAAUCAAUCGAUAAUAGAUAAAGAUAGCAUAUAG